CUACGUUAGUUGUGUUAAACAGAAAGAAAGAACGGAAGGUAAUUGUGUGUAUUUUGAAAUGUUUUCUUGUGCAAGGAUAGUUAUAAUUAGCUUCUUAUGUAAGGUAGUUUGUUCUACACAAAAACGUGAUUUUUCCACUAUUUUUGAAUGGAGCCAACUAGAAUUUGAUUAUUCAUCAUCAUAUGAGAGAGACAAAGAUAUUCUAACGGGAAAUUUUUUGCCUGGAAAACCAGCUCCCAUCGAUGUUGACGUUUAUUAUGCAAGAGAAUGGGAAGGGAACAAAAUAUUUGUAACAGUUCCAAGAUUACAGCGUGGAGUCCCAGCGACACUAGGUACUCUUUCUGCAAAAAAGUUUAACGGAAAUCCAGUAAUUAAACCGUAUCCUAAUUGGAAUUGGCAUAAAAAUCCAGAACGGUGUAAUAGGGAGAGAAUUAUUUCCGUGUAUAGAGUUAAGAUUGAUGAAUGCGGAAGACUCUGGGUUUUGGACACCGGAAAAAUAUUAGAAACCACAAUUUGUCCACCACAGAUAUUGAUUUUUGAUCUACAAACCGAUACACUGCUUCAUAGGUACGAAAUACCAAGUGAUCAAUAUGAAUCUCGCUCUAUCUUCGUUACACCAGUUAUUGAGAUUCUUAAUUCACACAAUUACUGUCAAAACACAUUUGCUUAUUUUGCAGAUUGCCAGGCAUAUUCAAUUGUUGUUUAUGAUUUGAAGAAUGACAGGUCUUGGAAAGUAACCGAUAAGACUAUGUAUCCUUAUCCUGAUUACGGAACUUAUAAUGUACAAGGAGAUUCUUUUGAUCUUAUGGAUGGUAUCUUGGGAAUGAGUCUAUCACCAAGCUCGGAUGGAGGACAAAGAAAACUAUUUUAUCAUGCAAUGUCCAGUCCUACUGAAAACUGGAUAUAUACAGCUCACCUUAGAAAUGAAACCUUAUCCCGUAUCCCACAACCUCAACUAUUUCAUACCUUUAGUGGAAAACGAAGAACCCAAGCUGUUGCUGAGGCGAUUGAUUCCAACGGUAUAAUGUACUUUGGAUUAGUGGGUGAAGUUAAAGUAGCUUGUUUUAAUACCAGAAUAGGAGACUAUGGCGGACAGGGUUCUGGUAUAGUAGCAGAUAAUCCUGUAACUCUGCAAUUUCCUACUGGCGUAAAGGUUGUGAGAAAUAAACGUGGUGAUGACGAAUUAUGGAUCCUAACCUCUCGAUUUCAAAAAGUUUUUACAGAAACGCUUAAUACGAACGAAAUUAACUUUCGAAUAUUGGCGGUAAAAAUUAAACAUUUAAUACCAGGAACGCAAUGUGCCCAAGGAACCUUUCAAAUACAAAAUGGAGAAGGAUAUAACCUAUUUAUUAGAGAAUAUGAUGCACCUAGGUAGUCAUUUUACGAUAUUCUCAUAUAUAUUUUUUUGUAUCAAGUAAAAUAUAGAUUUUAAGACUGAA